GUCUGAUCACCGUCAUUCGUGUACUCUUCCAUUAAAUGACUGCUGCUACAGAGAAACCUCCAAAAAGUUCGUCAUCAGAGAAAGGCAAGGCUGAGAAACACGGCGAUCCCAGAGCGCCUCGUUUCAAUUCGACAGUUCUAGUGCUCAUAUCGCUAGGAAUUUUGCAGUUGAUAGUCGCUUGGUUUAUGGGCCAUGUCUCGCUGCUGGUCGCUAAGCUGUUAAUUUUGGUGAUGUGUGCAUUUGCGCAUGAGUGGAACUGGGUUCACGGAGACGCACUCACUCGUCAUCAUCGAGCAUAUCUCAAUGUUGCAAAUGUCCUGGAAACUUAUCAACCUCGUGCAAGAACUGAAGGACAUCUUUUCCAGCCUGAACCACCCACUCCUGGAUAUUUGGCCGUAACUGAAUCAAGCAAUGAUACUGAAGGAGAAGGAGAAGAAAAAAAGGAGUUUAUGAAUGCGAGAGAUGCGCAUUAUGCUGGAAUGUACACAACGGCCGUGCAGAAAAAUAAAGAAGCAGAAAUGAUGACUAGGAACGCCUUGGAAAAUUCAUCGCUUGAUCAGAUAGGUGACGUUAAAUUAGUGCCAGCAGACCCCGAAAAAGACAAGAAAGAAGCUGAAGAAAAGAAGAAAAAGGCAACAGAAGAAUAUCUUAAACAAUUUGAAAAGCCAUUUUCGUGUUGAGAGCAAUAUUCACAUAGCAGAUUGUACUUGCAUGAAUCGUACGCGUAAACAUAAAAACCAAACACAUAUUGGCAAUACGUGUGUUGGGUUCGCAUAAACCUCACG